UCCUUCUCCCCCUCCAGACGUGACAUCCAAUGACAUCGAGAGAGGCAGAGAGCCACAGCGGGAUCCUCAGGGGCUGGAACGGGGGUCUCCCCUCCCCCACCAUGGAGGAAGACUUCUACCCCUUCCUGCUGGAGAGGAGGCCGUCCUACCUGGGCGAGGAGGAGGCGGAGCAGCAGGAGGAGGACCUGAGCCUGGCACUGGAGAGGAAGGGCAAGGAUCUGCUGCUGGCCGCCGAGCUGGGGAAAGCGCUGCUGGAGAGGAACGAUUAUCUGGAGAGGGGAAGAGAAGCGCUGGAGGAGGAGCUCCGAGAGACCCGUGAGCGGUUGGAGCAGGAGAAACAUGCGCUGCGGCUGAAGAUGGAGGUGCGGGAGAGCGAGUGGAAGGCGCAGAUCGCGGAUCUGGAGGGCGACUUGUCGGAGGCGCGGCUGCAGGUCAGACAACUCAUGUCGGAGCACCGAGAGUGCGGCCGGGAAAACGCCACCGCCGUGCACGAGAUGUCCGAACAGAACCAACGGCUCCUGGAGCAACUAGCGCAGACCUCUCAGCUGGAACAAUCUCUCACCCUACAACUGCAGAAUGUGCGCGAGGAGAACCGAGAGCUCAACCUGAGCCAAGGACAGCUCGCCCCGUGUCUGCAGAGCCUACAGAGCGAGAACGCGCUCCUCCUGGAGCAGAAGAGGGACCUGGAGAGCGGAAUGAAGCAGCUGCGAGAGAAGGAGGAGAACGCGCAGAACCUCCUCUUCACCCUGAGGGAGACAGCACUGCGGAUGGAGAGGCAGAGGAGGGAGGGAGAGGCGCAGUUGCAGGAGGUCCAGGCGGAGGUCCAGCACCUGAGGGGCAGCCAGCGGUCCCUUCAGAACCAAGUCCAAGAGCUACAGGACGAGCUGAAGAUGAGGGACAGCCAGACUCUGCAUGACAGCCGCUACUCCCUGCACUCCGAGAUGGAGGACUGCCAGGAUGGCCCCAUAAACCCGUCUGCCGGUCUGGGGCCACAGACAGCUCAGGCUCCCGACCCCGGGGUCCAUAUGAUGGCGUACCUGACGCAGCGGGAAAAGGACUUCCUCCAGGAGAAGGAAGAGGAAGUGAUCAGACUACAGGAUCAGGUCACCAUCCAGUAUGUGGAGAUAAACUCUCUGCGAGAGGAACUCCAGAAGCUGCGUUAUGACUGUCCCCCCCAUGGCUGUCCCCUGUGCCCUGAUGUUCCUCCACAAGAGGUCUCCCCAUCCUAUACAUUCCCCUCUCGGGGACGGGCGCUUCGGGUUCAUGUGACGACUUGUUUCCGUCUCCUUAGGAAAGGGGAGCUGGAGUUGGAGUUGGCAAAGUGCCGCCUGGAGAAGGAUUCCAUGAGUCGGCAGCUUCUCAGUGCCGUGGAGCAAAAGGUGCUGCUGAGCCAAGAGCUGGAGGCAUGGCAGGAUGACAUGCAGAUCGUUAUCAACCAACAGCUGAAGACCCAAAGAGAUCAGGAGAAGGCCUCCGAUUCAUCUCCCGGCACCCCCACCAGGAAAGGGAGCCCGCGGCGAGCCCGCGACAACGGCAAUGGAAUCUUCUCCUUCUUCAAGAGGAUUUGA